GUUAAAAUUUAAUGGCCGCCUGUCAUACAAAAUGUCAAAACUCCGCCACUGAACUUGUUGUCCCCUUUUGACGUUUUUCUUUCUUUCCCCCGAAUAACGCUAUGUCGCCCGCUGUUGAGAAGAAGGAAGCCCCUAAGAAGGUUAAGAGGGAUCCCGCAAAGAACCCUAUGCGGGACUUGCACAUCCGAAAACUCUGCCUGAACAUUUGUGUGGGUGAAUCUGGUGAUAGGCUUACUCGAGCUGCUAAGGUUUUGGAACAAUUGACUGGCCAACAGCCCGUGUUCUCAAAGGCCCGCUAUACCGUGCGUUCAUUCGGUAUCAGACGUAAUGAAAAAAUUGCUGUACAUUGCACAGUUCGUGGCGCCAAGGCCGAAGAGAUCUUGGAACGUGGUCUUAAAGUUCGUGAAUACGAGUUGAGGAGGGACAACUUCUCUUCCACAGGAAACUUCGGUUUCGGUAUCCAAGAACAUAUCGAUUUGGGUAUCAAAUACGAUCCUUCCAUCGGUAUCUACGGUCUUGAUUUCUACGUAGUCUUGGGAAGACCAGGUUACAACGUAGCUCAUAGGAAGCGCAAAUCAGGCACAGUCGGAUUUCCCCACCGCUUGACUAAGGAAGACGCCAUGAAGUGGUUCCAACAGAAAUACGAUGGAAUCAUCUUGAACAGCAAAAAAUAACUUUCCAACUUUUAAAGUUUUUUUAAAAUAAAAGAUAACAAAAUCCCAGAAAAUUACUUUUA